AUGGAAAUCAAACUCUUUUUGAUUCCUUUCGUGGCUAUGGCUGCCAUACUGGCCAAUCUAAUUCACAUGAAAAAGUAUAGAUUUUCUUCUCACCAAAACUCGUCCAUCCUUACCACAAACUGUAACUCAAUCCUUAAAGCCGGCAAAUACAUUCAAGACACUUCUACAAUUCCAAAAGGAUGGCAGCCUGAUGGGUGUGUGCUAAAGCAUUACACAUCGCUUGAAAAACCUCAAAUUGACGCUUGUUUACAGCCAGGAGAUCAAAUCAUUGUUGUUGGCGAUUCAACAGCCCGCCAUGUAUACUGGGGGUUCUCCAACCUUCUGUUAGGGCUGAGAGAUGAAAUCUUUGCACCCCAUAAGACACUUACCAAUGUAGUCAAUGGCGUUUCAGCAACUUUCAUCUGGGAUGAGUAUCUCAACAGUACAGGGUUUGACCAAAUCUUAGAUAUUACUCUCAACGGUUUACGUUCAAGUUUAAGAACCCCAGCUCUCGAACACAAUAAGGAUAUCACAUAUACACCAAAGCUUUAUCUUUUUGUUACUUUUGGCCCUUGGUACAUUAACCGAAACGUAAAUGGAUAUGAUGUUCAGCUGAAAAGACUCCUUGACGUUUUGGAUUGGCGCACCGACAAUAGUUUUGACUCUGUAUACCUUGCACCUCCACUUGUUCCAUUGUUUAAUGCUUUGGAUUUAAAACAUGCUGAACGAAUGACUAAAGAUAAAUUUAAACAGUUGGUAAACCAAACUAACGAAAUGUUCAAUUUCAAUUUUAAAUCUCAAAUGGGAGGCGUACGAUACCGACAAAUGGAGGGAAGAAAAGACCAAAUAUCAGCAUAUUAUGUCCCAGUUUUUAAUCAAUUGUCUGGAGAGAACCAUGCUGGAAUUCGUGAUAAUGGUGGUAUACAUCUUUUGGAGCCUGGGUUUAUGACUGAAGCUAGAAUCUUGUUCAAUCACAUGUGUAAUAACAAAAUUGCUCAGGCACAAGGAUCUCCUUUAGAUGGUGCUACAUGUUGUGUUGACUAUACCAAAUUAAAUAACCACUCUUUAUUUAAAGGCCUUUCUUUAGCAGUACUUGCAGGAGGAAUUCUUGUUCUCACUAACUCUUUGAAGCGCGCAGCUAUUGCAUUUGUUGUCAUUGGGCUUGUGGCUGGAUAUGCUCACCUUACUAACCAAACCCAAGUAAUCAGUAAAUUGGGGUUUGAAUAUAACUUCACAGAGCUUUUAGGAAUGAUUGAAGCCUGGACAUUUCUUAUUUUAAUUUCCCUGGGGCUUGAUAAACCACGUUCCAGUACUGGAUUUGAAAGACUAUUUGUGCGGGAGUGGAAAGGCAUUUGUGUGUCGCUUUUCUUGAUUAUCCGGUACAGCGGGCUUGGGGAAGUUGAUGAAACAUUUUCUGGAGUCAUUAUGGAGCGCAUUCUUCUUUCCACUUGGACCAUGCUGGAGCUUUAUUGCUAUAGCGUUGAUUAUUUGGAAUCUGGGAAAAAAUACAAGGAAUCUUUCAGAGUAUGGUUACAAAGUAUGGCCCGGACAUCUGUUCUUCCUUUACUUUUAGGAGCUGCUGGAGUUUCUACAGCAUUCCAAGAUUCUAGACCAAACUCUAUUACAUUUAUUGACCUUCCGGUAAAUCUCAUCUAUUGGUACACUUUUCUUUACUUGGUAGGCCCAUUAAUGUCUCUUAAGUCUUUAUCAACACAACCCUGGGCAAACCCUCGAUUUGCAGCUCCAUUACUUGUUUUACUCGCGGGAAUCCCGCAAAUGAUUUCACAUAUAUGGGUUAAAAUAUUUGCACUUGAGUACACCAAUUCACAUUUUUUGAAUGCAAUUUCCAGUGAGUACUGGCUGUGUUUUAUUGCUAUUUUUUUUGUUGCCCAAGUACGACCGUUUUUACCAGCCGUGCCCAAAAAAGUGCCAAUUGGUGCAGUCUUGGGAGCAGCAAUCGGUCUUGUUACUUUGUGCAAUAUAGUGGUUUUUGAUGGCCAUUUGAAUCUACCAAGUAACAUUUCUGGAGAGGGAUUCCCAUUGCCAUUUCCACCCAACAGAUCGCAUGAAUACGAAAAGGUGCUGAGCACACGCGGGGAUGGGUACACCCCCCUUGUGCAUGCAAUUUCUGUAGUGUGCGCGGGCGCGUGCUACAUUAUACUGCGAGUCUCUGUUUUAGAACACACAGGCCACCGGUUCAGUUUGUGGGCAAGAAUGAUGGCAAAUUUGAGUUACGAGGCACUUGAGUUACAUUCCUACAUGUUUCUAGCAGCUUGUGGGAGUAUUCGACUUGAGUAUCUGCCAACUGGCGGAGGACCAUCGUCGCUAAUGAUGCGAACUAUGGAUUUGGUGCCAGCAGAUUGGCAAUUUCCGUAUUUUUGGUGGGAAUUAGCCGGAAAACUUCGAAAGUGUGUAGUCGUGGCAAUUACUAGUGGAAUGCUUUGGGUGGGUUCUGAGUGGAGCUCAGGAGUUUGGGAGAAUGAUUUUAUAGAAAGACAUCACUCUCCUAUAGAAGAAACCCCUGAGAAGGAAACAAAUGAUCUUGUGUAA